AUGUCCAACAGUCGUCAUGCAAUCGAUUGCAUCCCAGUUGGUGAGCGGGCGCCGAGUCUCCGUGAAUUGCAGGGGAGUCCGUUACCAAUAGGUAGAGCAAUUGGUGUGCAAUGGGACUCAGAGAAAGACGAGGUUUUGUUCCAACUCCAGGUACCUGAGACGACAAUGACUCGCAAAGGAAUUCUGUCUUCGUUGGCCAGCAUUUACGAUCCAAUAGAGUUCGUCACACCAUGGCUACUGCCGGGCACGAUUCUGAUGCAGGACCUGUGUAGAAAAAGGGUUACUUGGGAUGAGACCCUAUGCGAAGCGGAUCACAAGACUUGGCCAGACUGCUGGCUAAGCUUGUCCAAGCUGGGCGAUAUAAGACUCCCUCGUUCCAUACCAGGAAUAUUCCGCGGGGAGGCAAUUGAGUUACACGAUUUUGCGGACGCGUCGGAGGUGGGAUACGGAGUGGUGGCCUACGGUUUCUCGUCUCGGCCAGGAGGAAGGAGGCAUAACAGUAUUCUGUUCGCAAAGGCCAGGGUCGCCCCUCUAAAACCAGACCAGCGAAUGGCCCGACACUCAGACUUCCCCUGUCGCAACGGAGUAACUAGAGACUACGAGGACCGUUACGUUAGUGGCUGCUUCAAACAACAUCUUACGGCAGAAGCUGCAUCGUUUUUCACGAUGGACGAAGGUGCUAAGGGUGGUUGUCUGGUGGACCAGAUUCAAACGACAACUCAUUAUCCUAAGAGGACUCCGACCUGA